AACUGGCCAAAGAGGGGACAGAACUCCGACCUGAGCACGACAUGCCGACGUUCGCUGCGAUGCGACGCCUGGCAAAAGAAGCGACCAUCGCCACAUGGAAAUGCCUCUGGCAGGCAAAACUCAACAGAGAAGACGGCCGGUUCCGCAUAGCCAACCGCUUCCCCCCCACCCUCAAACCCCGACCCCAUUUCAUUGAAAACGACCGCGACAUCUACGGACGGAUGCUGCAGAUUCGCACUGGCCACUGUUUCGCCGGCGAAUACUACGCGUCCUUCGUCCCUUCGGAACCGCGCUCAUGCCCAUGCGGAGCACCAUACCAGACCCGAUCGCACAUUCUCGAACACUGUCCAAUAAACGAUCACGCACGGCACCUCCUGCACGAACCGGGCAAGGACAUCGCCCUUACAGACGUUCUGGGCACCAAGAAGGGACUCAAAGGCCUCGCCAAAUUCCUAAAGAAAACCAAAGCCUUCCGGAAG